AUUUGACUUAAUGAGAGUAUUUGAAUAACAACUUAUUUAUAAUAAGUCUUAAUUAAUGUUACAUUAAAUCAUGCUAUACCCGACUAUACUACCAUUUUAUUUAUACUUAAUUAACAAUAAUAAUAUCGCCAUAAAUCCAGACAUACUGGACAGUGGUGUGGACGCCAUCGCAUUUGAUGUGACAAACUAUGAGAUGACCCUCACAUUUAAGGGCGAAUGGUUUCGUGUGUACGACAAGAAUCAGAAUAUCAUAAGACUCGGCAAAAUAGGAUCAGUUUUUGGCAAACAAUUUGCUUAUGGCGUCGACGCGGCCGUUAUUGUCAAUGACCCCGAUUCAAAUGUCUUUCAUCCCAGCGAUUAUCUCUAUUUAUUUAAGGGUGACAUAGUCAGCCGGUAUCUGAUCUAUUUGUUUGGCAGACAUAAGUCUGAGCUAAUGAUCAUAAGCGAGGCCAACGAUUUGCACAAAUUGUCUCAAAUAAGCGACAAACUGCCCGACAGUAUAGACACUGUCAUCGCAUACAAUGGUUACGUCUAUUUGUUUCGGAAUAACACUCAGUAUAAGCUUUAUAUGAAAAAUCCGGUAAUUAUGAGACAAUUAUUUGAUUAG